AUGGGCUCUGGAAAAACCGGCAAAUUCUUCUCCUUCAACCAUCUCGGAGACGAUUGCCGCCCAGACAUGCUCGUCAUCGGAAAAUCUAUCACUGGCGGAGCAUAUCCCGCCUCGUUUGUCCUGAGCGACAAACACAUCAUGGCGGUCCUGAAGCCGUACGAAAGUGGCUCAACCUUUGCCCACACCCCGCUAGCGAUCGCCGCUGCCGAAGCCGCGAUCCGAGCUAUCGACGAGGAGGACAUGAUCCAGCGUGCGCAAGAUCUGGGAAACAAGUUCAAGGAAUUGACACAGCAUUGGAAGCGCCACAGACAUGUGGGCAGUGUGGAGGUUCGGGGUGCUGACUUCAGCGUGAAAAUAAACGAGGACGCCGCGGCGAGCGUGACUGCCCGCCGUGUCGGAGGCCUGUGUUUGGCCAAAGGUUUGUUGCUUUAUGCACUGGAGGGUCGCUUACGGAUGAGCGUCUCCAUGGUGAUGACGGAUGCACAGCUCGAGAAGGGUGUCAAAAUCAUCGAAGAGGCAUUGGAUGAAGUCAGCGGAUACAAGGGCGUCAUUCCGGGAGAAGUCUGGCAUGGAGCUCAUUAG